AUGACGUCUCGGAACCCUGUGCCGAAGAAUGAGACGAUUCUCAUCGUAGGUGCGGGCAUUUUUGGGCUGUCAACGGCACUGGAGCUCAAGAAGCGCGGAUACCAACAUGUCACCGUCAUCGACAGAUACCUACCGCCCGUUGUCGACGGCAGCAGCGUCGACAUCUCACGAGUGAUCCGCAUCGAUUAUGCCGACCCCUUGUACGCCCAGAUGGCUCGCGAGGCCCAUAAAGGCUGGACCUCCGAAUUCGAGAAGCACUACUAUCCUUCCGGCUUUGUCAUGCUGGCGAAACAACCCGGCCAUCCCUACCUAGAACGGACCAAGGGGACGAGCGAGUCUCUUGGCGCCACUCUUGAGGAGUUUAAAGAUGCAAAAGCAGUUCUUACACGGUAUCCCGAGAUCCAAGCCCGGUUGGAGGGUCUCAAGGCGUAUGUCAACAAGGACGGUGGCUGGGCGGAUGCCGAGAAUGCUGUACGGCAGCUAAGCAUACAAUGCAGUCUGGCUGGUGUCUCGUUCAUCGUGGGUCCGCGAGGCCGGGCCAUCUCUCUGAGGUAUGAUGGUAACCGUGUCGUGGGAGUGAACGUCGCCGAGGGUGAGCCCAUUUUGGCCGCACAGGUGGUUCUUGCGACGGGCGCCUGGACCAACCGAUUGAUCCAGAUCGAACACGCAGUGUCCGCAUCCGGGCAACCCGUGGGCUUCAUCCACCUGACGCCUCAGGAAUCAAAGGGUCUCCAACAGAUGCCUGUCAUUAUUAAUCUCAGUACCGGCGUCUUUGUGUUCCCUCCAACUCCAGGAACCAACAUCCUCAAGAUCGCCCGGCAUUGCUAUGGUUUUGCGACGCAAGUUGCUGUCGAGGGCCAAGAUUACCUAGUUUCCUCCCCAAAGCGUGACUCGAGUGGUGUCGAGAAGUCAUAUCUCCCAGAAGACGCAGAGGUGGCACUUCGAGAGGGCCUGCGGGAUCUGAUGCCCGCCUUUGCACAACAUAAAUGGACAAGUCGCAGACUCUGCUGGUACUCCGACACACCAGAGGGCGACUUUGUCGUCGAUUACCAUCCAAGGAUUGAGGGUCUUUUCUUCGCUGCUGGUGGAGCUGGACAUUACGCCUCGUCGGAGGAGAUCAACGCUUACCUCAAGGGAGUUGCACGCUACUUCAACCUCGAUCCCUUUAUCACGUAUAACAGCAAAGUCAAACUCGCGCGGUGGUCCGCGAACACCAGCACAUGGACCAUCGAGGUCGAGAAUGGCCCGUGUGUUGAGUCAGAGAUCCUCAUCAACGCUUGCGGCAUCUUGAACGACCCUCGGAUGCCUGACAUCGAGGGCCUGUCGACAUUUGCUGGGCCCCUUCUCCACACGGCAGCCUGGGAUAGCUCAGUUGAUCUUCGGAAUAAGAAGAUCGGAGUCAUCGGGGCUGGAGCAAGCGCGAUUCAACUUCUUCCUCAGAUCCAGCCCUUAGCAGAGACGAUACAAAUUUACAUCCGGACUCCAUCCUGGAUCUGUCCACCUGUUGGGCUACCGGCGGGUACUACCGCAAGCCACGUUUACAGCAAAGAAGAGCAGGAGAUGUUUAGACUGGAUGAAGAAGCCUACUUGGAGGCCCGGAAGCAAAUGGAAAACCAGUUUAAUGGCAUGUUCCGCAUUUUCAUCAAAGAAAGUCAGGAGCAAAGAGAAGUACGUGCAAGCCUUGAGGCGCGCAUGAGAUCAAUCAUCAAAGAUGAAGCGCUGCAGGAGCUGCUUAUUCCCAGGUUUGAAACGGGCUGCCGGAGAAUUAACCCAGGCGAAGACUUCCUCGUCGCCCUGCAGAAGCCUAACGUGGAACCCGUGUUUGAUCAUCUCGACCGGGUGACAGAAAAGGGAAUAGUCGCGGGCGGCAAGCUUUACAAGGCAGAUGUCCUGGUGGCUGCGACUGGUUUCAACACAUCAUUCAGGCCACGAUUUCCUAUUAUUGGUCUCAAAGGUGUCGACUUGCGGGAUCUGUGGGCUGAGAACCCUGUGUCGUAUCUAGGCACUGGUGUGGCAGGGUUUCCCAACUACCUCAUUUUCUUGGGGCCAAACACGCCAAUUUCGAACGGAAGUCUUAUGGGAUCUCUCGAUGCUACCAGUGACUACUUUAUUCGCAUCCUGCGCAAGGUGGUACGGGAGCGCAUCAAAUCGUUCGACGUGCGGCCAGAGGCUGAGCAGGAUUUUGCUUCUCAUACACAAACAAUAAUGCGAGACAUGGUGUGGACCGGGGCAUGCCGCAGCUGGUACAAGCAGGGAGUGGAUGGGAAAGUGACUGGCCUGUGGCCUGGAAGCUCACUCCACUAUAUGCAGGUUCUCUCCGAGGGCCGCUGGGAAGAUUAUGCUUGGGAGUAUGAGGAAACCCGAUACACGUACUGGGGCCACGGGAUCUCCUGGGUUGAGAGUCCAGAACUCGACCCACUGGGACUGGAUGAGCGGGAAUGGUUCAUGACAGCAAACACCAUCGCGCGUAAAGCGUCGGACUUGAGUUACUACCUCUGGAAGGGCUCACCGUUACCUAAGGGCUUCAUCCCCAACAUAGACUCUACGCCGGGCGGAUUGGGACUCAACGUCGAUGGAAAACCCGCAACAUGUCCUAAAAUUUCAGACGGUCCCUGA